UCGAGCCGCUGAUUGGCUGACGCUCAGACCUCCGGGAGCGGUCAGUGCGGAGGGCGGAAGCGGAGCGUCGUUACCGAGAAUCUGAGCGGGCUCGUGGCUAGACGCUCCGCCGGGCGGCGGUUCUUCCUCGUUCGCCAUGAGAAGAGUCACGCUCUUCGUUAACGGGACCUCCACCAACGGAAAGGUGGUGGCGCUGUUCGGGUCCAUGGAGGACCUGCUGAGUACGGCCAGCUCCAAGCUGGGGGUCCGAGCCUCCAGCGUCUAUAACGGGAACGGCGGCCUCAUCGACGACGUGUCGCUCAUCAGAGAUGAUGAUGUGCUCUUCAUCUCAGAGGAAGACUCCUGCGAAGACCCCCAGGAGGACGGCGGAUGGCGGGGUCAGACCCACACCGAUUGGCUGACGCUGAACGUGGGGGGCCGCUGCUUCACCACCACCCGGAGCACGCUGGUCAGUAAGGAGCCGGAGAGCAUGCUGGCACACAUGUUCCGGGGCAAAGAUGUUUGGGCCAACAAGCGGGACGCUGCGGGGGCGUACCUGAUCGACCGCAGCCCCGAGUACUUUGAGCCCAUCCUGAAUUACCUGCGGCACGGUCAGCUGAUCAUCAACGAGGGCAUCAACCCUCUGGGAGUCCUGGAAGAGGCUCGCUUCUUCGGGAUCGAGCAGCUGGCGGAGCAGCUGGAGACGCUCAUCAAGUCCUGCCAGCCCCCCGACGACCACUCCCCCCUCACCCGGAAGGAGUUCAUCCGCUUCCUGCUGGCGACCACCACCAAGUCGGAGCUGCGCUGUCAGGGCCUGAACUUCAGCGGAGCGGAUCUGUCCCGUCUGGAUCUACGCUACAUCAACUUCAAGAUGGCCAACCUGAGAGGAGCCAAUCUGUCGCACGCCAACCUGAGCGGCGCCAACCUGGAGCGGGCCGACCUGUCCAUGGCCUGCCUGGAUUCGGCGAACCUGCAGGGCGUGAAGAUGCUGUGCACCAACGCCGAGGGCGCGUCGCUGCGAGGCUGCAACUUCGAGGAUCCUGCAGGAAUCAAAGCCAACCUGGAAGGCGCUAACCUGAAGGGCGUGGACAUGGAGGGGAGUCAGAUGACGGGAAUCAACCUGCGAGUCGCCACACUGAAAAACGCCAAACUGAAGAACUGCAACCUGAGAGGAGCCACGCUGGCCGGGACCGACCUGGAGAACUGCGACCUGUCCGGCUGUGACCUGCAGGAAGCCAACCUGAGAGGCUCCAACGUGAAGGGCGCCAUCUUUGAGGAGAUGCUGACGCCGCUGCACAUGUCGCAAAGCGUCCGGUGAAGCGAAGCCCGCCCGAGUGAACGCCAAACCGCCACGCGCAGCGCCGACCCCUCCAUCGAAGCAUCAGAUCCUGAUUGCUCUUUUUUUAUUGUGAAAAGCUGUGCUUUUAUUUUGAAUGUCAGAAACCCGUUUUAUCUUCCAUCUUGUUUGGCUUUGGCGGCGUCUGCUGAGUCACUGGUUGCUAUGGUGAUUGCCGCCUGUUCCUCCAUGGACAGGUGGGGUGGAGCCUACAUUUUAUUUUGAAAUAAUUAUUUAUGUUCAUGUAAACAUGAGUAAUUAUUGACGAGUUUAUCCUCGAAGUCCUUUGGAAGUUCUGGUUCUGGUGUAGUGAAACUUUCCAGAAGAGAUUCUGAUGGAGACGCCGUGUGACGGCGAGUGUUUGUGGAGGCCGCCGCAUGAUCCCGCCUCAGCUCACACCUGGAGGAUCGGAUGACGGUCCGGGUUUUUCCGGAACACAUCGGGUCUGCUGCGGACCGGAGAACAGCUGCUUCAUUUUCACACAUUAAACGUUGAAUAAAAACAAAAUGGUUUGCAUGGAUUUCAAAAUAAAAGUGUUUCUGAGUCCAGCAGACGAGUCCCGCUCUGAACCCUUCACAAUAAAAGGAUCAUAAAUGUGUCA